AAACGCUCCAAUAUAAAAAAAGAGAACUACCACUUGACCUUGUUCGGCUUGCUAUAUCACCUCUUUUCUCUCUUGGCUCUGAGUAACCUUCCCAGUAGUGCAUCAAUCCGAAAACUUGUCUUCCUCGCCCCACUCGGUCUCGAUGGUCGUCCCGCCAGCGCGUCCUCGAGGGCACUCGACCUCCACAUCAGAAUCCGCAGAUCGCGUACUCACCUCGCCGCUGGCCAAGACCACCGUGAGGGUCGUUGUACCCAAGCUGGCCGACGAUUCCAAACGUCAGAGGUCGACCGACAUCCGAUCCUUCUUCGCUUCGGCCACCGCUCCACAAGCUCAUCAGAAAAAUACCCCAAUCUCCUCCUCCCCAGCCACCACUGUCCUACGCACGUCUCCCUUGACCAGUCCUUCCUCUUCUCGCACGCUCCCUACACGGAAACGCACCAGGCUCAGCGACAACAAGACAAUCAACAAGCAAAGCAGCAAGAUUCGACGACCGAUGAUGUCCCAACUUAUGCUCGAUCUCUCGAAUCGACCGACGACCCAGAUCUGUAAGGAGUGCGGGAUGUCGUUCGUGUUAGGAGUGGAGGAGGAUGUGGAAUUGCACAAGAAGCACCAUCGACGGGUGGUUGAGGGUGUAGAAUGGCCUCUGACGCUACUCGAGUCACAGCCGGACUGUCGGGUCGUCUGGCGCGAGCCGGGUGGGAUGGAGGAGGAGAAGAUAGUCAAGGUGAACCUGGAUCCGCAAUCACUCAAACGGAGCCGGUACAAGCACAAAGUCGAACAGAUCUUGGAGAUGGUCAACCGUAGUCUGGACGCCCAGGAGCUCACGGAGGACCAACUGCGGGCCUCGUCUCUCUACAUCUAUCUUGGCAGCCCCAUCGACCGUUCGACGGGUCUUCCGGAACCCAAGAAACGUAGACUCUCCAGUGGGCUGUCGACCACACCGAAGAGCAAGAAAAAGAAAGUGGUCGUCAAGGCUAUGUGUGUGGCGGCGAGGAUCGAGCAUGGCUAUCAGAUCGUUCGUGGACCGGGUAAUCCAGGCGAAGAAGAACUGGAUGAUGCAGAGCUGCUGAGGUUUGGUGAGACGAGCUCUGAAUUGUAUUGCUCACCGAAGGCUGAGAAGACGUUGAUUGGGAUCCAUCGGAUCUGGAGUUCUCCUCACCAUCGCCGUGCCGGUCUCAGCCGACGACUGCUCGAUGUGGUGGCAGGGACAUUUAUCUAUGGGAUGGCCAUCGAUGGAAUCGAGGCGCGUCGGCGGUCGAUCGCGUUCAGUCAGCCAACUGAGUCUGGGAUGCGGCUGGCUGCUGAUUGGUUCCAGACCGUGCUCUUCAAGAUCUUUAUCGAUUGAGCCUUCUUUUGUUUUUCUGGCUUACUCAUGACCAACAUCUCAUUUCUUUGCAUAUUUUUCUUGUGAUGGGUUUCCUCUUAUCUCCUUUUACUCUGCUUGUAACGUUUUCUCUUGAGCCUCUUGUAUGAGUAGACAUACAUACUCCCCCCUUCCCCUGCACAUGAAACUCAGCUUGUUUUCUUGG